AUGGACCUCCACUUUGCCACCCCAGGACUCGCCAAGGCCGUUUCAACCAUCGACCGUUACGGCGCUUCCACAGUACCAGGCUCUCGUUCUUCAUCAGCAGCACUCGACACGGACACGAGCUUGCUACCCACUACCCCUUUACUCUCUCCUCAACCGUCACCCCUCGUUCUUUCCUCACCGUCCACCCCGGCAAUGACCGUGGACGCCAGCCCACGGCACGAAGCCACCCCACUCGUUUCCGACCUCGAGCUCGAGUCCGCCAUCCUCCGCGGCGUCGCCGCCCAUCGGCCCGUGGGCCCACACAAGCACGUACUGAUGAUUGCGCUGCAGUCGGACGUACACGAAGAGACGGGGAUAUGGGUGCCCGUCGGCAAGCUGUGGGACGACCUGCGGGCGCUGUACGACCUGGACGCACUGGACGGCAUGUCGUCGUCCACCCCCUCGCUACCUGCCUCGCCAGACCCGCUCUCGCCCAUCCCGGCCAAGCGCCGGCGACCACGGGCACGGGCACGACCGCGCUCGGCGUCCGCCGCGUCCGCCUCGUCCCUCUCCUCGCCGUCCCCUUCCCCGUCCCCGUCCCCCUCGCGCUCGGGCUCACCAGGCCCCAGCCGGAGCCGGAGCGCGUGGGUCAUUGACUCGGCGCACUUUGCCCGCCCGUUCGAGCUGCCUGGCAUCGGCCAGUGGCGGCAUGAUGUCAACGGCACGGGCAACGGUCACGGCCACGGCCACGGCAACGGGACGGCGAGUGCGGCGGCGAGCACGAGCGGAGGCGCAGUGACGCCGAGCGAGAGCGACGACGAGGACGAGUUCAUGGACCUGGUCUACGCCCGCGCUGUCGGGGACGAGGAAGGGGAAGAGUGGGAGGCGGGCGUAAAGGCCCAACUGGCACGAACAGAGGCGGCAGCAGCAGCAGCAGCAGCAGCUACACCGGCGGCUACAGGCGGCGGGAAGAAGGGAGGGCGGGCGAACAAGAGCGCCAGUGCCAGCGGCAGUCGACGGACGAGCGGGGCAGGCGUCGAGCCCGACACGAGCCCGCUAAGCAGCGACGCCGAGCCGCCGGCCACCACCACGACGACACGGCGUAAAUCGACAACGGCGAAGGGGAAGGCUGCGGCAGCGGCAGCGGCUAAUAAGCGCGCACGGUCAAGUGUGGGCGACACGGACGAGGACGAGCGGCCUGGACGACGCCGACGCAGGUAG